AUGAAGAACGUUUCGCGGUUCUUCAAGUCAGGGAAAGACAAUCCCUCCGAUGGGUUGGAGAGACGUACAACAGCUGACCGAGAGAAGGGAAGAGAUGAGUUGAUUGAUACCCCAGUACCGUUUCUGUCAUGGCGUUCCUUUGUCAUGGGUGUGUUCGUCUCGAUGGGCGGGUUCGUCUUCGGUUACGAUACGGGGCAGAUAGCGGGACUGCUGGAGAUGAAAGACUUCUUGAGACGGUUUGGAGAGCCCAAGCCUUCCGGUGAUGGCUAUUUUUUCAGCAACGUCCGCGCUGGUUUAAUUGUUAGCCUGCUCUCAAUUGGAACGCUCAUAGGUUCAUUGCUUGCUGCUCCUUUGGGAGAUCGGAUUGGGCGUAAAUGGUCGAUUUCCGGUUGGUGUGUGGUCUUGAGCGGCGGUAUUCUCGUCCAAAUAACUUCAGACACUCCAAGGUGGUAUCAAAUAGUUGUUGGACGUUGGAUUGCUGGUCUUGGUGUUGGUGCCCUUUCGUUAUUGGUACCAUUAUAUCAGGGCGAGAGCGCCCCCCGACAUAUCCGUGGAGCGAUGAUCAGUUGCUAUCAACUUUUCAUCACGUUGGGUAUUUUUGUUGCCAAUUGCAUUAACUACGGCACCGAAUCCCGCAAUGACAGCAGUGCAUGGCGGAUUCCAGUGGGUAUGACCUUCGCUUGGAUAUUGAUUCUAGGCGUUGGGAUUUCGCUGUUCCCGGAGUCCCCGCGCUAUGACUAUCGCACCGGACACAUUGAGAGAGCGAAAACGUCAAUGAUGAGAUUCUACGGCGUACCGCAUAACCAUAGACAGCUCCACUUGGAGCUAGAAGAAAUCCGUCUGAAAUACGAGGAGGAAAAGACCGUGAAGGACCAGCCUUGGUAUGAAAUAUUCAUCGCACCACGAAUGGCCUAUAGGCUUGUCCUGGGAGUGUCGUUACAGGCUCUACAGCAGCUCACAGGGGCCAAUUACUUUUUCUAUUAUGGGACGACGGUGUUCAAAGGCGCGGGCAUCGAAAACAGCUACAUCACCCAGAUUAUUUUGGGUGCUGUUAAUUUCGGAUCCACGUUCCUAGGCUUGUACAAUAUCGAGCAUUUUGGCCGUCGCAAGCCUCUGAUAUUUGGCGCACUCUGGAUGUUCAUCUGCUUCCUUGUGUUUGCCUCAGUAGGCCAUUUCCGUCUAAACCUGGAGGAUCCUACACUCACCCCCGGUCCUGGGAAGGUCAUGGUGGCAUUUGCAUGUCUGUUCAUACUAGGGUUUGCUAGUACCUGGGGCCCGAUUGUGUGGGCCAUUGUCUCCGAACUAUACCCAUCCCGCUAUCGUGCGAGAGCUAUGUCUUUCGCCACAGCGUCAAACUGGCUAUGGAACUUUUUAAUUGCCUUCUUCACACCGCUUAUCACAGGUGAUAUUGGGUUCAGGUAUGGGUACGUUUUCGCCGGUUGUCUGUUCCUUGCCGCAUCAACUGUAUACUUGUGUGUUAUCGAAGGCAAAGGUCGAACCCUCGAAGAACUUGAUGCAAUGUACAUCAUGCGUGUUCCAGCGUGGAAGAGCGAAAAUUUUGUUCUGCCACCGCUCGAAGGUCAGCAAGAUCGGCACUCCAAAGAAUCAUUUAGUCACAAUAACGAUGUUGCGAAAACGGAAGGCGACGAUUGCGGUCGAAAUAACUAG